AUGGUCCUACCAAUUCGCAACGUCAAAAGCCUUCAGGACAUGGAAAACCAGGUCGGCGUCGGCUUCGCUGACCGUGCUGGCACUAUUAACGUUGAUGGAAUUGGCUUGAUCUGUGAUAAAGGUGGAGACCAGGUUUGUACCAGUUAA